AUGGCUGCCGCUGUGGCAUUAUGUGUCGAGAAUGGUUGGCUUGAUUAUGAUGCACCUGUAGCUCAAUACUGGCCUGAAUUUAGUGCCAACAACAAGGAGAACAUCUUGUUAAGAGACGUAUUAUCUCAUCGAGCUGGUUUGCCAUUUGUUGAUCAACAACUUACUGUUAAUGAUACGUUCGAUUGGUCUCGAAUGACGUCUUUAUUAGCUUCUCAAAAACCUCACUGGGAACCUGGAACAGCACAUGGAUAUCAUGCUCACACCAUUGGAUAUAUUGUUGGCGAAUUGAUACAUCGUGUCGAUCCGCAACACCGUUCAUAUGGUCAAUUCGUUCGUGAUGAGUUGGACAAUGAAUUUUACGUGGGUGUACCUAACGAUAAAGUUGAAGCACGUGUUGCUCCUCUCAUUCAAAAACAGGAGAAUAGCAACACCAAUGAUGCUCUUCCGAUGGAUCAGUUCACUGAAAAAGCAUUAACAUGUAAUGGGGCCUUUCCGAUGAAACAACCCAGUAAAACUAUCAUUGCCUUCAAUGAAGCUCGACUUCAUCGAGCUGAACUUCCUGCUAGUAAUGGUAUUACAAAUGCUCGUUCACUUGCUCGCAUCUAUGCUCUCCUUAUUGGUGAUGUCAAUGAAAAUGGCGAAAAGAAAAAGUGUCUAUUAAAGGAGCAAACACUGGCACGAGCGACUAAAAAUGUCACACCACCAGGUGAGCCCGAUCGUACUUUGUUUGGAUGGCCUACAGUGUAUGGAAUGGGUGGUUUUGAAAUAUAUAGCGAUGAUUUUAAAACAUUGGGUAGCAAUGUUUUCGGUCAUACAGGUAAGAUAUUUAAAAGUAAUCCGUGCUCCAUAACAUGUAAACUAUUUUUGUGUUAUACUAAUAUUGAUAGAAAAUAA